AUGGCAUCCUUCAUGGAGCUCUAUGCCCAAAUCCACUUUAUCCUGAGUCGCCUUGAAGACUCCAUACGAGAAAAAAAGACUACAUAUCCAGGAGUCUUUGGACCCCGUCCGUAUGACAACGGUGGCAUGAUCAUUCCUACCCCAGAAGAGAUAGCCGUGCUUGUGGAGCAUGUGCAUCACGUUGGCCUACUAGUCGACGCGUUGAUGUUCCUGACCACUGAUGAAUGGCACCAGCAGCUGGCUGAGGGUCAUAAGGGACGAUUCGAGUUGUCCCAGAACGAGGUUCUCCAGAUGCUGCAGGAUCUGAAGAGGCUGGAGGGUACGAAGUAG